AUGCCAAGAGCUGCUUCCAGCGCAAUGGAUAACUCGUGUCAAGCUCUGUGUCGGUCUCUGGUAACCCAUAACGGCUUACAGCCAGAGAGUGUGGACAUCUCCCAGUCUGUGCUCUAUACCUCUCUCAUGGGGCUGUUGCUGGUGGCUGAUAAGGAGAAAGAGCUCACACUGGGAAAUGGACAAGUUGGAUUGCGUAACAUAGGCAAUACCUGUUUCCUGAAUUCUGUUGUCCAGUGUCUCUCCCACACAUGCAGUCUGAGAGACUACUGUCUUACUAAAGUCUACCUCCAGGACAUGUGUUCAAGUCAAGAGCCCAAGUUGAUGAAUGCAUUUACUCAAGUGCUGACAGAACUGUGGGAUGCUGACAGCAGGGAUACUCCAGUGAAUCCUGGGAAAUUCUAUAGUAUCUUCAAAGAGGCUGUGCCUUACUUCAGUGGAUACAGCCAGCAAGAUGCACAGGAGUUCUUACGCUUUCUCCUCGACAGACUGCACACAGAAAUCAACCGUCGCUCCUCCCAUCGACCCUCAGAGAAAAUCAGUCAGGAGCCUGAGUACACACGAUUCAGGAUCGAAGAAGAGGCAUCUGCCAUGUGGAAAAAACACCUCGAAAGAGAUGACAGCAAGAUUGUGGAUUUGUUUUCAGGUCAGUUGCGUAGCUCCUUACACUGUUCAGUCUGCUCCCACUAUUCCAACACAUUUGACGUGUUCUGUGACCUGUCACUGCCCAUUCCUAAGGUAAUGAGUCAGUCUGGGAGUGUUGUCACACUGCGUGAAUGUCUGGAUCUGUUCUCACAAGAAGAAAAACUUGAUGAGGAGAAUUCACCUCUGUGUGAGAGGUGUAAUCGCCGAACAGAGAGCACAAAACGUUUAACCAUCCAGAGGUUUCCAAAAGUCCUUGUUAUACAUCUGAAUCGAUUCACCAUGUCAAAGUAUUCCAUCUGUAAAAGCACAGUGUAUGUGUCCUUCCCUUUGUCCAAACUGAAUCUGGGACCAUAUGGACCAGUGGACUGUGGUCCAGUGCUGUAUGACUUGUAUGCAGUAUGCAACCACUCAGGAUCUGUGAACAUGGGCCACUACACAGCCUACUGUCGAGAGGAGGAGGGCUGGUGCUGCUACAAUGACUCAAGUGUGACUCCUAUAUCUGAGAACCAGCUUCAGUCCAACCAGGCUUACGUGCUCUUCUAUCAACUUGACACCCGCAGUGCCACAAGAAAAUGA